CCUGCCGCUUGGCAAAAUUUCUUCUUAUUAACACUUUUCGAAAGUAAUAGAAAGCGAUUAAUAAAAAGAAACUUUUCAACCUCCUUUACAGAUGUCUCGCAAGUGAAAUAUUGCAUUGAUUUUACUCCUGUCGCGAGCGAAAGAAUAAAAAAAUUAAUAAUAAAUCGCUUAGAUAAAUUAAGAAUUGAGUUCCAAAAUUUCGUGAAAAUUGUGGUAAAAAAUGGGACGGAUAAGAAGUCUAUGGGUCCUUCUAGGACUCGUUCUGUUCACCGUCUCUAUUUAUGACUUUCACGUUAGUGCUGAUGUAAUACCAUCGGAAAAUGAAUGUAGGCCGUACAUAGAGAAGGCGAUACACGAAUUGAAAAACGUAGAAGCCGCUGGAAGUGACGAAAAAGAAUCGACUGAAGCAAAUGUAGAUGACAAUGAUAGUAUAGAAACUGACGCUAUACCCGAAACGGGAACUGAUGACGAUGCAAAUGAAUCAGCAGAGGAUAUCGUUGAGAAAGCAGAGGAAAGUGAUGACGACAAUCAAUCUCAGGAAAAUCAGACUGACGGAAAUGAAUCGGGAGAAGAGAAAUCUCAAGAUGAUGCCGCUGAAGAUUCAAACCAAGAUGACGACUCUAAAGAACAAACUGAUUCUGUUGAAGGAGCUGCUGAUGAUAAAUCAGCUCAAGAAACAGAUAACGACUCGAAAGAACAAGCCGAAGAUGAUGGUGACUCUAAAGAGAAGCCAGACAAUGAAGACGAUUCUAAGGAACAGGGAGAAACUGAUGGAGACAAUGACUCGAAAGAAGAAGCAGCUGGUGAUAGUCAAGAUGAUGACAAUGACUCGAAGGAAAACACUGAAGAAGUCGAUGCUGAUUCAAAAGCUGAUGAUGCUGAAGAUAAUGUGAAAGAUGAUGAUUCCAAAGAAGCCAAUGAUGAAGAUUCUAAAGAAGGAACUGACUCUGUAGAAGCUGAUGACGAAAAAUCAGCUGAAAACACAGAAAAUCAAACCGCUGAAGAUGAUGGAGAUUCAAAGGAAGACAACAAUCAAGAGGAUUCAAGUGAAGUUCAAGAUGACACCAAAGAAGAUGAAUCAGUAGAAGAGAAAGUAAGAGUCAAACGCAGCACUCAAACUGAAGCUGAAAACGAUCAAUCAGAUGAGAAAGAUGAUCAAGCAGAUUCAGCACAAAAUGAUGACAAUGACGAUGACAGCAAAGACCAAGACUCAAAGGAAGCUGAUGCUGAUGGUGAUUCAAAAGAACUAGAAGGGGACGACGAAGGUGAUUCAAAGGAAGCUGAUACUGAUGGCGAUUCAAAGGAGGCUGAUGGUGAUUCAAAGGAAGUUGAAGGGGAUGCUGAUGGUGAUUCAAAGGAAACUGACGGUGAUUCAAAGGAAGCUGAAGGAGAUUCUAAAGAAGAAACCAAAGAUGAUGGCGAUGAUUCGAAAGAAGACGCUGAUAAAACUGAUGAAGAUGACACUGACUCCAAAGAAGAUGUAGAAGAAGAAGAAUCACCUGAAGAAGAUCUGACAAUGAUAUUUGAAAUCCCCAAAAACUUACGCCCACACGAACAUGUUGAUGAACUUUUAGGAUUAGAUGUCGAAUCUUCGAUUAAAGAAAACGCAUUACGACGAACUGGUGACGUUGUUUUGAAAGAUCUGAAGAAAGUUUUCGAUAAUGCAAUCAAACCACUUGAGACAUUGUACAAAUAUCGCGAUCUUAGCAACAGACACUUUGGCGAUCCAGAAAUCUUCUCAAAACCUUUGGUUCUGUUUAUGGGCCCAUGGUCAGGUGGAAAGUCAACAAUCUUGAACUAUUUAACUGGCAACGAAUACACUCCGCAUUCAAUUCGAUCAGGUGCUGAACCAUCUCCCGCAUAUUUUAACAUUCUUAUGCACGGUGAUGAACCUGAAGUCUUGGACGGAACUCAAUUGGCAGCUGAUUGGACAUUCUCAGGCUUACAGAAAUUCGGACAAGGUCUUAUGGAUCGUUUACGCGGUCAAAAACUCCCCAAUAAGCUCUUAGAGCGCGUAAAUAUUGUGGAGAUUCCUGGAAUUUUGGAAGUUCGUAAACAAGUUUCAAGAUAUUUUCCUUUCAAUGACGCAUGUCAAUGGUUUAUCGAUCGUGCUGAUAUCAUCUUUCUUGUCUAUGAUCCAUCAAAAUUGGAUGUGGGACCUGAGACUGAAGCAAUUUUGGACCAACUUAAGGGUCGUGAAUACCAAACAAGAAUUCUUUUGAACAAAGCUGAUCAAGUGAAACCAGAAGAACUUCUUCGCGUUCAAGGUGCAUUGAUUUGGAAUAUUUCUCCAUUAAUGUCUUCGGCACAACCACCAAUCAUGUACACCGUGUCUUUAUGGUCACAUCCUUAUACAAGUGGAGCACCAGUGCGAUUAUUACAAGCACAAGAACGUGCUUUCCUCUCUGAUUUGCGUGAGGCUAUCGAUAAAAGAAUUGAAAAUAAAAUCGCAAGUGCACGACGCUUUGCUGUGCGUAUUCGUAACCACGCAAAAAUGGUUGACUGCUAUCUUACAACCUAUUACAAUCAGAAGGGAUUAUUUAGCAAUAAGAAACAAGUUGCUGAUAAAAUCAUUGAACAUCCACAAAACUACAACAUUUAUGAAGGUCUUUCAACUUUGACCAACAUUUCUCGUUACGAUUUGCCAGAUCCUGAAGUGUACUUGGACUUUUUCCGAUUGAAUCCACUUUUUGAAUUUAAAAAGUUGUCAGAAACUUGUACAUAUUUCAAAGGCUGUCCCAUUAACAAGUUAGAUAUUGCAAUUGCUUAUGAAUUGCCAGAACUUGUUGGCAAAUAUAAGAAAUUAUUCGAGCAAAAUCUUGCGGAACUUCGCAAGGAAUAUGAAGAAAACUGUAAUCAAACCGAACCCGAACCACCAAUGAAAAUCAUCAAAUCGAGAUAAAUUUACAUUUUUCGUAGUGAUGCUAACGUAGAUUGUCGUAAGCAUACUUAUAUCGAAUCCAAAACAUCACCUUAGAUACAUGAAAAACAAUUAAAUCGUUUAAAAAAGUAAAUAUUUAGAGAAAAAGUCUUUUCCAUCAUAAUUUUGCGUCAUUAGAGGAAGGGAAAAAGAGAGAGAAAGAGAGAUGAGUCAUUUAAAGACACAACCAAAAGAAGUUGCAUAAAGUUUCUCAGUUUUUUUUUCUUUUCUGUUCUUUAGUCAUUUAAUAAUCCAUUUCUUUUCUAAUCUCUAGAAUAAAAAAAAAGUUUAUAAUUUUCAUCGUCAUAAAAUCUGAAGCGUUGGUAAAAUGAAGAGAAAGAGAGAGAAAUCCAAAUCAUCAACAAAUCAGAGGAAAAAUUGUGUUGUAAAUUAUUUUAUUGGUUUUUCAAAUGAAGAAAUUUAUAAGUUUGAAUUUUUUGAUUGAAAUAAAGUUUUCUAAAAGUCAAUUGACUUUUUAAUUAUGAGCUAAAAUGAACAUGAUGGGAUGUAAUCUUUUUCAGACACCAAACUGCUUUUUGCUUUCUCACAAUUUUCCGGUUUUAUGAGUACGAUUGCCACAUAGCCACUUCCUUCAAUAGAUAGUUUGUUUAAAUUACCUUUAAGACGAUCAUUUGUUUCUAUCAACUUUCCUGUUACACAACUUAGGACUUUGUAUUCCGAUCCAUCCUUGCAAGUAAUGAUAGCGAGAGUUGUUAAAGGCUGAAGAUUCAUUCCGCCUUUCUUAUGUUUUCCUUUAACUUGAUUAAGACUUCGAUCGCAAUUUCCGAUAUUGUAUGUAAUGCCAACAAUACCUUUUUUAAAUGCAAUGUGUGAUUGUGCAAGACCAAUAAGACAAACUCUGUUAGAAUGAUAAAGAAUCAAAUGAUCUUCGUUUUCGUUUCCAUCUUCUGAAGUUUUUUUAUGGUAAAAUCUUGUAAAGUAGCGAUCGACAACACUAGGAUAUUCACCGGUAUCAAAUUUGGUGAUUGAGGAAACUCCUUCAGGAUACUCAUUCUCAUUCAAAUAAAACUUCUCCAUUGCUUCACUUGCUACUAGACUAAACUUUCAAGCAAUUAAUUAAUUUUCUUGUUUUUCUUUACGGAUGCUAUCAUGUAUCCGCUUCCUACGAGCUUCUCCUUCUAAUUUAUUUUUGAGUCUGAAUUCUUCACGUUCUCUUUUUAAACACCGGUUAAGUUGUUCGUUGAUCUCGUUACAAGCACCAAAUAAUUUUCCAAAUUUUUUCUGAAAUUGACUCAAGCCAGGAGAUUUUGAAUAGCUGCAUUACACUCUUCGCUAUGCAAAUGUGGACUUAAAUCAGGAUGCAUGUAUAGUCACUUUAAUUCACUUACUUUUUGAUGA